UUCUCCCCUUCUCCACUUCCAUCCCUCCCUGACUCUUCCUCGGUCUCUCCCCAGCUCUGCCUCAGUGUCUCCCCAUUCCUGGCCCUGCUUCUACCAAUUCAUUCGUUCAAUGGUAAUUGAAUUCAUUCAUCCAUUCAAUCAUAAUCCCAAUUCAUCCUUCAUUCGUUCGAUCAUAUUUGUUAAGCGCUUGCUGUGUGCAGAGCACUGUACUGAACGCUUGGGAAAGAAUCUCUCCUAGCCUCUCCCGUCCACCUCUGCCUCUCCUUGUCUCUGUCUCUCCCCACCUGCUUCUGCCUCUCCCCUCCUGUCUCUGUUUCUUCCAAGUUGUCUUGGUCUCCCCAGUCCGUCUCUUUGCCUCCCGGCCUAUGCCGGGGCAGGCUGGGGCUGCGGGGACCAUGUGGCUGUGGUUGUGGCUGUGUGCGGUGGCGGCGGCAGUGCUGUGGCGCUGGCAGCGGGAGCGACAGAUGGUGGGGCAGCUGCACAACCGGUUCGUGCUCAUCACGGGCUGCGACUCAGACUUCGGUCAUCUGCUGGCCACCCAGCUGGACCAGUGCGGGCUGCGGGUGCUGGCCGCCUGCCUGACGGAGCGCGGGGCUGAGCGGCUGCAGCGGGAGGUGUCCAGGAGGCUGCGGAUCGUGCUGCUGGACGUCACCCGGCCCGAGAGCGUCAGGGCGGCGGCCUGGUGGGCCCAGGAGACCGUGGGCGAACGAGGGCUCUGGGGCCUGGUGAACAACGCGGGCAUCGCCAAUCCGGUGACCCCCAACGAGUGGCUGACCAAGGAAGACUUCGCCAAGGUGCUGGAUGUCAACCUCCUGGGGCUGAUCGACGUAACACUCAACCCGCUGCCCCUGGUCAAGAGGGCCCGAGGCCGCAUCGUCAAUGUGUCCAGCGUCUUGGGCCACCUGUCCAUCUUUGGCGGUGGCUGUGUCUCCACGUUUGGCGUGGAAGCCUUCUCGGACAGCUUGCGCCGAGAGAUCCUGCCUUUAGGGGUAAAGGGGGUGCUGAUCGAGCCGGGCCAUUUCCAAACGCCCAUCUUGGACCCGAUGGCCGUGGAGGACAAUCUGCGGCAGGCGUGGGCCCGUGCCCCUACCGCGGUCCGUCACAACUUCGGCCAGAGCUUCCUGGACUCCCAGCUCCGCAGGAUCAGGAUGAUAGAGAAAUGGAGCAACUCGAACCUGACCCUGGUGACCAGUUGCAUAGCCCACGCGCUGACCUCCCGCCACCCGCGCAUUCGCUACUCGGCCGGCUGGGACGCCAAGCUCAUCUACCUGCCCCUGUCCUACCUGCCCACCUCUCUGGUUGACCAACUGGUCCUCUGGUUCUUACCCCGCCGGGAGCAGGGGGAGGGGGCCCCCGACCCGCCCUACCCGACUCCUCCCAGCGAAGACCUUCCGGUGACCUGGGGAGGGGAGAUGGGGGGCGCCCCUGCCCCAGGAGUCCCUCCCCAGUAA